UUUUUGACAGAAAGGGUGUGCAACAGGGGCUCUUUGUGCUCUUCCUCCUGGUUUAUGGCAUAACCAUGAUUGCAAAUCUAGGGAUGAUCCUACUGAUCAAGAUAGACUCCAGACUUCACACACCCAUGUAUUACUUCCUGAGCAAUCUGUCUUUCUGUGAUGUCUGCUACUCCUCCACUGUCUCUCCCAAGAUGCUGGCUGAUUUCUUAUCUGAGCAAAGGAGGAUUUCAUAUAACUUAUGUGCCACUCAGAUGUAUUUUUGGGGGACCUUUGCUGAUGUGGAAUGUCUCAUUUCGGCUGCCAUGGCCUAUGACCGUUAUGUAGCCAUUUGUAAUCCACUUCCUUAUAUAAUUGUCAUGUCCAAGAGGAUCUAUACCCAGCUAGUGGCUGGUGUUUACAUUGUGGGGCUGGUGGAUUCAGCAUUCCACACUUGCUUCACAUUUCGACUGUCCUUCUGCAAGUCCAAUGUUAUCAAUCACUUUUUCUGUGACAUCCCACCUUUGCUAGCCCUCUUCUGCUCAGAUACAUCCAUCAAUGAGAUAGUGAUGUUCACUUUUAUUGGUUGUGUUGUGGGGUGCAGCAUCGUAACCGUUCUUCUCUCCUAUAGCUCUAUCAUAACUACCAUCCUUAGAAUGAACUCAACUGAGGGGAGACGCAAAGCCUUUUCCACAUGUGCCUCCCACUUAACUGCUGUGGCCAUAUUCCAUGGUACACUCCUGUUCAUGUAUUUCCGACCAAGUUCAAGUUACUCAACGGACACUGACAAAAUAGCCUCUGUCUUCUACACAGUCGUGAUCCCUAUGUUAAACCCACUGAUCUAUAGCCUGAGGAAUAAGGAUGUGAAAGAGGCCCUGAAAAAAACAAUGAGCAUUAAAUUAUGUUCUGGGUGA